UCCCAGCCCAACUCAUCUCAAAUUAACAAAAACCAACCCAAAAACCCCAUCACACAUAUUUUGUCAAACUUAACCCUUUGAAAAAAAAAACCCACCACCAACACACAUAAUUUGUCAAACUUAACCAUUUGAAAAAAAAAAACCACCACCAACAAUCAUUUUGGAGCUUUGGGCUAGCUUCUCCCUCCUCCUCCUUCCUUCUCAUUUUUUUUUUUUUUUUUCAAUCUCUCUCUGUUUUCUUACAAACCAAGCAAAAUAGAUUUCUCUUCCAUUUCGUCUUCCCCUGUUAAUUUCAACAGGUUGAAAGACUCCCGUGCUGUGUUCUCAGUUAUAUGUGCAAUCAGAGUUUUCUUAAGAAAGCUGAAAAUGGUGAGAGCCCUUGAACAGGAGCAGGAAAACUACAGGUCUAGGUUGUUCCAUUUCAAGGGUAUGUAUGAGAAUGCAAGUAGGCAUACCAAGAGUUUAAGCAUUGAGAGUGCUAGCGCUUUAACAUGUUCCGAGGAUGAUGCUAUGUCAACCAGAAGUCAAGGUUCUGAUAAACAACACAUUGGCUCUGGUUUCCAUCGCAACGACAAGGGUCCUAAAUCCCGCUUGAAACAAGAAGAAAUUGCCGCAAAAGAAGCCAGAGACAAGCUCAAUGCAGAAAUGGAACAGAUGAAAGAGAGGUUUGCUAAAUUGCUAUUGGGUGAGGAUAUGUCUGGAGGAGGAAAGGGUGUUUCUUCAGCUUUGGCAUUGUCAAACGCCAUAACAAACCUUGCCGCUUCUGUUUUUGGUGAACAAUGGCGCCUAGAACCCAUGUCCGCAGAAAGGAAAGCAAGGUGGAGAAAAGAAAUUGAUUUGCUCUUAUCUGUUACGGAUCACAUAGUUGAAUUUGUUGCUUCAAACCAGAAAUCAAAAGAUGGAACAAAUAUGGAGAUUAUGGUAACAAGGCAAAGAACUGAUCUUCACAUGAACAUUCCCGCCCUCCGCAAGCUUGAUGCCAUGCUAAUUGAUUGUCUAGACAACUUCAAAGAUCAAAAUGAGUUCUAUUAUGUAUCCAGAGAUGAUCCUGAUGCAGACAAAGGGAAGACAAAGAGGAAAGAUGAUAAAUGGUGGUUACCGACUCCAAAAGUUCCUCCAAAUGGUCUAUCUGAAAAUUCAAGAAAGUUUCUUCAGUAUCAGAAAGAUUGUGUCAACCAAGUGCUUAAGGCAGCCAUGGCCAUAAAUGCUCAAACUCUAUCAGAAAUGGAAAUCCCUGAAAACUACAUCGAAUCCCUCCCCAAGAAUGGGAGGGCAAGUUUGGGGGACUCAGUCUAUAGGAGCAUUACAGUCGAAUACUUUGAUCCUGACCAAUUCCUCUCAACCAUGGACUUAUCAUCAGAGCAUAAAAUUCUAGAUCUCAAGAACAGGAUUGAGGCUUCCAUCGUGAUUUGGAAGCGAAAGAUGAACCAAAAAGAUGGGAAAUCAGCUUGGGGUUCAGCUGUCAGUUUGGAGAAGAGAGAACUCUUUGAAGAGAGAGCAGAGACUAUCUUACUCAUCCUCAAGCAGAGGUUCCCUGGAAUUCCUCAGUCUUCACUAGACAUCAGCAAAAUCCAAUACAACCGAGAUGUGGGGCAUGCUGUUCUGGAGAGCUAUUCAAGAAUAUUGGAGAGCUUAGCGUUCACUGUCACAUCCCGCAUUGAAGAUGUACUUUAUGCUGAUUAUGUGACUCAAAAUCCAUCACAAGCAGUAUGUAAGAGGAGUGGUUUAAGAGACUCAUCAGAAGCAACAACGCCAACAGAUGGGUUCCAAAGCCCUGUAGAAGACAUGGACAAGUCACACACAGCAGAGACGCCUACCGGUUCAAUGACACUAUUCGAUUUCAUGGGGUGGGGUCUAGAACAAGGAGAUGGCGAGACGAAGAUAGAUGCAGGGUCAGAUGAACCAUCAAAAGAUGGUGAGAUAAAGCAUCCUCAUAUGCACAAAAUUGCCAACAUAGUUACCAACAAGAAGGCUUCCUAUCUUGAGAAUUUGGGUGGUAUGAGAAGUCCAACGUCACGCCAUUGACAAUCAGUUUAGGGAGAGAAAACUAAUGGAAGAUAAAAACUAAUAAAAAGGAGGAACUAAAAUCAGGGAGACAGAGAGAGAGAGAGAGAGAGAGAGAGAGAGAAUGAUAGGGAAGAAAAACAAAGAGUGAGAAAGCCUAGCCCUUGUAAAUUUCUACAAACCCAUAUGGGUCAUCCUUCAUGUUGUGAUUAUUCUAUUUCCAUCCUAUUCCUUUUGUAAAUAGGGAAAAUGCAGGCAAAAACCGAUUGGGUUUGAAGCAUUUUGCUGUAUGAUUUCUUCUUCAGUAAUGAAGAUGGCCACGUAGCCUAACUAAAAUUAUGAUUUUUUCAGUUGGAUAUAGUUUGGUUUCCUUGUAUUCCAAGAACGUUCAAACCGUAUGUACUUCACAGUUUUGAUUUGGGGUAAGCAAAAGUGCUUUCAAACAAACUCUUAAAUCCAAAAUGAUAUUAGAAUGAAACAUUCAUCAAUAGAACAUAAAAGGAAUGCCCCAAAUUUCACUUGAAAGACAUAUCUUUGAUAGUCAAAUAAGGGGUCUUAAGCGUGUUUUAGACUUACUUACACAUUCUAAAUAAAUCAUAAGGCAGAUACAGUAAAUACAACGAAA